GGAGUGGAGAAACACCAGUCUAUUGGAUCUCUUACGUUUACACUCUUCUCUACAGACUGCGAUGAAAUUUCAAUUUUAAUCGUUGAAAGAAAAAAUCGUCCAGGAUGACGGUGGAUUUUGAAGACUGCAUCAAAGAUUCGCCCCGAUUUCGGGCAAAUAUCGAUGAAGUGGAGACAGAGGUGGUGGAGAUUGAAGCCAAGCUUGAUAAGCUGGUAAAGCUGUGUGGUGGUAUGAUUGAAGCUGGGAAAGCAUAUGUCACCGCCAAUAAGCUCUUCAUCAACGGCAUCCGUGACUUAUCCCAGCAAUGCAAGAAGGACCAGAUGAUAUCGGAAUGUCUGGAAAAGUGUAGCGAGAGUUUGCAGGAAAUCGUCAACUACCACAUGAUCCUGUUUGAUCAAGCUCAGAGAUCUGUGAAGCAGCAGUUGCACAGCUUUGUGAAAGAUGAUGUGCGUAAAUUCAAGGACACUAAGAAGCACUUUGAUAAGGUGCGGGAGGAUCUGGAGAUUGCACAGGUGAAGAAUGCACAAGCACCCAGAAACAAACCCCACGAGGUGGAGGAGGCCACCAGCACCCUCAACUUCAGCCGCAAGUGCUUCAGACAUCUCGCUUUGGACUAUGUGCUACAGAUCAACGUCCUUCAAGCCAAAAAGAAAUUUGAGAUCUUAGAUGCAAUGUUGUCAUUCAUGCAUGCACAGUACUGCCUCUAUCAGCAGGGCUAUAACCUUCUGGAUGAGAUUGACCCUUAUAUGAAGAAACUAGCUGCUGAGCUGGAUCAACUUGUGAUUGAUUCAGCAAUGGAGAAGAGAGAAAUGGAGCAUAAACAUGCCACAAUACAGCAGCGGACUCUUCUACAGGACUUUGCGUAUGAUGACCCAAAGUUGGAGUUCAGUGUCGAUGCACCCAACGGAUUGGUGAUGGAGGGCUAUCUGUUUAAAAGGGCCAGCAAUGCCUUCAAAACAUGGAACAGACGGUGGUUCUCUAUCCAAAACAGCCAGUUGGUUUAUCAGAAGAAACUGAAGGAUUCCCUCACAGUAGUAGUGGAGGACUUGAGGUUGUGUUCUGUCAAACCUUGUGAGGACAUCGAGAGGAGGUUCUGUUUUGAAGUGGUGUCCCCCACCAAGAGCUGUAUGCUACAGGCAGAGUCAGAAAAACUUCGGCAGGCCUGGAUCCAGGCGGUCCAAGCCAGCAUCGCCUCAGCAUACAGAGAGAGUCCAGACAAUUAUUAUAUUGAGCGGUUGGACCGGACCGCCUCCCCAUCCAUCAGCAGUAUAGAUUCAGCGAAUGAGCCCAGAGACCGCAGUGGGAGGGGCGAGAGCAUUCUGCAGCGUAUCCUGUGUCUGCCUGGAAACCAGCAGUGCUGUGACUGUGGGCAAGCUGACCCUCGCUGGGCGAGCAUCAACUUGGGCGUGUUGCUCUGCAUCGAGUGCUCCGGCAUUCACAGGAGUUUGGGGGUCCACUGUUCAAAAGUUCGUUCUCUCACCCUGGACUCAUGGGAACCAGAGUUACUUAAGCUGAUGUGUGAACUAGGCAACAGUAUCAUCAACCACAUCUAUGAAGGCUGCUGUGAAGAACAAGGCCUGAAAAAACCAGGACCCAACAGUUCCAGGCAAGAAAAGGAGGCCUGGAUCAAAGCAAAGUAUGUGGAGAAGAAGUUCCUGAAGAAGAUGAUGACUGGCGAAGUUCUGGUUAAUGGUGGGAAGAAAUCAGAGCGCAGGUGGAACCCCAGGAAAUGCAGGAGGCACAACAGCGCCACCACUGUUCACAAAACACACCGCAAAUACAGACAGGAUCCAGGCAGUGCAUCACCUGCUACACUCUCCUCAGCGACUGCUGCUCUGGAGAGAAAGUUUCGGCGAGAGUCUCUAUUCUGUCCAGAUGAGCUGGACUCACUUUUUUCCUAUUUUGACACUGGUUCAGGGCCUCGCAGUCCUACAGGUCUGAGCAGUGACAGUGGGUUAGGAGGCAGUACUGAUGGCAGCACUGACAUCUUAGUAUUUGAGUCUGUGGUGGACAGUGUCACAGAGGAGGAGUGCGAGGUGUCUGAGGACUCAAGUAAUGAGGCAGAACUGGAGCCAGAGGCAUCAGAUCCAGAGGAUUCGAGAGAACUGGAUCCCGGAGCGUUACUUUAUAAGGCCUGUCAGGCUAGAAAUCUGCCCGUCAUGGCUGAAGCGCUGGCACAUGGAGCGGAUGUCAACUCCGUCAAUGAAGAAGAUGAGGGGAAGAGCCCACUCAUGCAGGCUGUGAUUGGGGGUUCUUUGAUAGCCUGUGAGUUUCUGCUCCAAAACGGUGCAGAUGUCAACCAAAGAGAUCACAGAGGAAGAGGCCCGCUGCAUCACGCCACAUAUUUAGGUCACACUGGUCAAGUGUGUUUGUUCCUGAAACGAGGCGCGACACAGAACGAUGGUGAUGAGGACGGGCAGGACCCUCUGAGCAUAGCAGUCCAAGCCGCUAAUGCAGACAUAGUUACCCUGUUGCGUCUGGCUCGGAUGAACGAGGAGAUGCGUGAGUCGGAGGGUCCGUUCGGUCAGCCAGGUGACACCACAUAUCUGGACAUUUUCCGAGAGUUUUCUCAUAUGGCAUCACACAAUCCUGAGAAAUUGAAACGGAGGAGUAUUCAUUUCCGUCACUCAUUCAGAGUUUGAAUGAUUAACUCUGGGGAAACUCCAACCGAGCAGGAGCAGAAGACACUCUGACUAUAGUUGAUCUCUUAAGUGGAAAUGAGUGUGAAGGAUUUAAGGCAAUAAUUAUGAUGUCAUGUUUAAUAUUUGUAAUGAUUUAAAGGAUGUUUUUGUAUGGCUGUAUGGGGGUCAGCUGGACUUAUCCCCCCAUUUGUUUACUUUUUUCUUUUUUUUUCCAACUUUAGCUGUUGAACGUAAUAAGCACUUAAAGCACUAAAUGGUCUCAUAUCAAAACUUCUAUGAUAUAAGCUUUCAUUUCUGUUCAAACAUAUAUAAUCAAAAAGUCAUGCAUACAUUUUAACCCAUUUAUCAUUUCUUUUCAGUACAAUUACAAGCAAUAUAAGUACCGUCCUUUAUAGUAAAACUUAUACAACCCUGAUUGUUUUUCUGUUUUACAUAUCAAAGUAGUUGGAAUAAUGGGAACGUUUUUUCCAAACGUUGUCUUUGGAGAAUCUGCAGCGAUUUUGUUAUUUUUAGAAAUUAUUUUAUCUCUUUAUAAUGUUGCUGUAGUGAUGAAUGUACUCUUCUGUACUGACUAUGCUGGUGUAGUCUAUAUUUGUUGUGAUCUUUUAUCAGUUGUCAUUAUAAACCAUUGCAAAUUCAAAUGCAGAUAUUGUAUAUUGUCUUUUUAAAUGCAAAUUUAUAAUAUAUCUUAAAAUAAUGGUAUUUUGUAACAAUGCAAAAUGAUGUCGUGUGAACCUGAGAACGCAUGAGAAUAAAAACGUGUUUUUUAUAUAUGCAAGAUAAUAGUAUUAAUUGUAAUAAAAAUUGGGGUUAAAAUGUCAGGCAAUUAUAAACACCAGAAUAAUCUGAAAUAAUUUUGAUUAUGUCUUCAUUAUUUUUACCACAGUAAAACAUGUUUAACAUAUGUUCACACAUUUUCACAUUUGUCAAAUAAAAAUACCUGUACGCGUAUAUAAUCGUAAAGAUGUUGUGGAAGAUUACGUGCAGGUAAAUACAGGUAACGCAUUAUUUUUAUUAUAUGAUGCUUAAGACAGUGCUCGACAUGGGGGCGGACUGGCCAUAGGGAGAACCGGGACUUUUCAAACAUAAAAAUAAAAUGGUAAUAAAAACACUAUAAUAUUAACAAUAUACAUCAAAUUAAAAUAUAUUAUAUGUCUUUAAAAUACAUGGGUCAGUCAAAAAUAAGGUUCUCCAUAAUGAAAAUGGAAAAUAUACAUAAUCUUAAAAACUGUAAUAUUAUACUAUAUAUUUAUAUUGGUUUCAUGUGGUUUUGAACAUACCAAACAUUUUGAACACAUCCAAUUUUUUUUAUUUAAUAACUAAAAUGUCAGGUCGUACUACCAUAAAGUAUAAAGUAGUAUCAUAUUUUCCUUACACCUGACUCAAAUGGUUUUUUAAAUAUUUUAUUAUUUAAAUAUAAAAAUAAAAUAAAAAAGGUGUUGAGGUAAAAGUAAUUUUAACAAAUGCUAUUAAUUUUUAUGUCUUGGAUGUUAUGAUUUUUUUUUUUUUGGUGGGUUGUUCCAUCUGACAUUUGAUAUCCUGCUGGGACAUGCCAAAUGCCUCUGUUUUUUUUUUUUUUUUUUUUUUUCAGGGAUGUAAGACAUGUUUCUAGAGAGGACAUGUUAUGUGUAAAUGUGUGGGGUUGUUGAUUAAUUUGCAUAUGUUGAUAAAUUUUCAAUCUUGAUAAAAGUUCACAGUUAUGUUAUUUGUCAACGACCCACAUACAGUAUUAAAUAAACAGAGUACUUUCUCAGGACUCAUUAGAAUUUUAAU